AAUUCCAAUCAUGCCACCAUCUAUGCCAAGUGACAUACAACUUAAAUUGUACCACUUUGAAACAGGUUCCAACAUGAGUUGCCCGCCCCAAACAAGAGAAGGAAGGACUAUUCAAAAAUCAAGAGUUUAAUUUACGGGGAAAUAGGAAGUUAAGCAGGGUUGUAUUUAAAACCACAAACGAUCAGGUCUGCCAGAUCAGACGACGGCAGAAAGGAUUCCACACCAUUACUGAACUGUAGUCUAACAGGUCGACCAUGUUGGAAAGUCAUCAAAUGGGCUUUUUAGUCCUUCUAUCAUUCCUUCCUACUGCAUCUACUAUUGGAAUUCUCAACUCAAUCAACGACCUGAAGGACAUCCCAUUCGGCCAAUCGGUGCCCAAGCACAGCCUUGUGCUGCUCCACUGGUUUGCCAACACCAUAGAAAUAGACAACAACGAUGCGAUAGAGUUGAACUUUGACCCAAACCAUCGAGACUAUGGCGCUCAUCACUAUGUAAACUCUCCGGAAUUCCUGGAUCCGCUUCCCUUUGGCCACCAGUACUUCACACUCGGCAACAUCAACCCCUUGAUCAACAAUCAGAGAAGGUCUAUGCCCUCUUAUUUCACCAAUGACCUAAACCGUCUGUUAGGGGGUGAGGUACUGAACAGGGCUCGCAUCAUAUUCUCGUACUCGUCCCAGGACACCGUCGGUCAGGUGUUCAUCAGACAGCACUACCAUGCCAGUCAGUGUCUGCGGGGGUACGACCCAGUGCACACCUACCGGAUCAGCAUCAACCUCUUGAGGGAGCUCAGAGUCUUCUCCUUGGACCGAAGACAACACUCCGAGCUGUCAGAGAUCGGAGGCGACUUCGGGAGCAGCAUCGACUAUGACAAACUUUCUUCGUUAAGAAACACGUGGGGCCAGCUGGCCUGUGUCGGACUGCUGUUAUUCAUCGUGAUCGACCAGAGGAAUGUGCCUUGCAGACCCAACAGAGCUCGAGAACCGAAGCGUCUUCCGGAACAUAACUAUCAAGGAAGAUCAACUCCGCAAAUGUACAAUCUACAAAGCUACAACAACUACAGGCCGCCCCCUCAGCCCCGGGGGGAGGAUCAAUGCCUUACAGUGUGCCUGGCACUGGGAUUCCUAGCAGUAAUAUUAAUAAUAGCUGUAGCUGUAUAUGUACACAAAUUCAGAGAUUAAUUUGUGCAUAUUUCGAUAGCAGAUUACAAAGUGCUUGACAGGAUAGGACCAAACCAGAAUAAAGUACAGAAUAAAUGAUAAAUAAUACAGGGAGGAGUGAUGGCAGUGCUCUACAAGAACCGCCGGGACACCAGUGGGAUCCUUCACUAGAGUACUGGGCCACACUGGGGAACCUUUGAAACAUCGGUUCCACUAAACAAACGGCAUCGGGUCAGGCUCAACAAAGACAUACGUUGUUGCCUCUUUCAGGGUGUCAGACAAUACGCGAACAAUAGCUAAACAUUUUAAAACGUACGUUUUAAGCAAACACUGUAGAUCGUUACAUCCGGUAAUGUGUUGAUCCAGAUGUGUUUCAUUAAUCUUUAAAUUAGAACGAUUCAGACAGACAGGGUAAAUGUUUUGCAUUUGACAAUUACUAUUGUGUGUGUGUGUGUGUGUGUGUGUGUGUGUGUGUGUGUGUGUGUGUGUGUGUGUGUGUGUGUGUGUGUGUGUGUGUGUGUGUGUAUGUCGGUGUGUGUGCGUGUGUGUGUUUUAUGCUUAUAAGUGGGUGCUCUAAACGAUUUUCUUUUCUCUGUUCAUUUGCUCGAAAGUACACUCAGUAUGUGCCUGAAAAAAUGUAUUUUUAUCUGUAUUUCUUAGUUGGUAGGCUUAAUGCUCUCUGCAUUAAUUGGGACAAUUAAAUGAGAAUGUUCAAAUUAAAUGCAAAAACACUUUACGAUAGCUAAUUACGCGUAGGCUACUUCCUUAUUAUUAUUCUUAUUAUUAUUAAUCCGCAAUGCGAGUGAGGGCGGGCACUACCAUUACAUGUUAGUAGGUUUGUUCCAACGGGGAAUGUUACAUUUUGGUGGCGGGAUUAUUGGUGAAUACUUUAAAUAUGCAGAAUUACAGUGAGGGCUCUGAACUUGAUUAUGAUGGAAGCAUGAUUCUCAUACAUUUAUGUUUCAUAAUCUUAAAUUAAACAUUUAAAGAUGUCUGUAAUUGUUUUUUUCAGUCUGUAGGCUUACUUGAUAAAUGUGCAAGCAUUUGGCAAGUGUUAUGUUUUGAUUGCUGGAUUCAAUUUAUUUGGCAUAUAAUGCAUGUAUUUACAUCCCACUUGUUCUUCAAAAUCAGCACCCUCACUUUUGUAGUAACCUAGAACAAAAUCAAUAAAAACAUUUUUGUUUA